CGGUCAAUCUUGCAAACUCUAGCUCGUUAUACAACAGAAUACCUUCUAAGCUAGAUAGGCUCCUAGCGUAACCUUCGGUAGUUAGGCUGUCAAAGUACGUUGCGAGUGCUAUCGUGGUCAAUCAGUUCUGCUCGCUCGAGAAACGUUUCUCACCUUAGCUGUCGAUCUGAUAUGACGUCUGAUCUAGCUCGGUCAGACUUUUGGCGAGGAUUGAGGGACACGAGAAUCCCUCCGAUCUUCAACAACAAUGAAAAGUCCCAGAGCAUAAUUCAGACUUGCGAUGACGAGAUUGCCUUGGCCCAUGCAUACAUUCAGGACAUCAGCGCUCGUCGCAAUACUCAGCUCCUCAUCACCCAACUUCCGUCAGAACUUCUCGCGUCAAUUUUUAGUCACCUCCUCCCGGUGAUCACGCUAGAGAGCUACCAAGACCAGACUUAUGGCGGUAUCACCCACGAUAUAACAUCGGCCACAUUAUCCCUCAUCGCCGCCUCUCAUGUUUGUCGGAGUUGGCGGGAAGUGGCAUUAGAACAUCCAGGACUAUGGACCACCCUUUGGAUGGGAAACAAGUCCUGGAUGCACGAGAUGAUCGAUCGGUCAAAGAAUAUGGCUCUCACCAUUGUUCAACGCCCUGGAUGGAACUACGAUCACCGUCGGUUGCGUGAACCGCUAACAGAGAUGUCACCUUUGAAAAAUCUGGACUUCAUCACCCACCACAUAUUCCUUGAUAAACAGCCACGGCAUCUCAUUCUAGACAUUCUCACAACCGAUUAUUCUCAAAAAGUUGAGGGUUUAUUGCGACGAGCAGCUCCAUGUUUAGAUACUUUGGUGUUGCAUAUAACGCCAGCGCUACCUUCCGACGCGCCUUUGCACCUUCCUGAAGACCUGCUUGGGAGAUGUUCACCUUCUCUGCGGAAUCUGACUAUCAGGGGCCCAUUAACGCACGAAACAUUGUGGACCUCGCCUAUUCUUCGUGGGCUCGUUGACUUGACGUUAAUAACGCAACCUCACGGAUCAGCGUCCAUUCCCAAUUCUACGACAUCCCUUUCGGACACCCUCGAGGCGUUGCGGAACAUGCAUCAGCUGGAGACGCUAACCCUCGGUUUUCCCUUCACGAACCGCAACUCUCCGCAGCGAGCAUACUUUCUGAAAGACACCAUGCAUGACACCACACGCGUACAUCUCCCUCGACUAUCGGUUCUACACUUAUCGGGGAAUUUGAAUGAUACCAUCCUGCUCACAAGACACCUAUCCAUUCCUUCCACUGCCAUCAUGAAAUAUCUCCUCGAUUUACGUGGGGAAGAGCAUCAAGCACGUUGGGCCGAUGGGAUAUCCACACUCGUCUUCCCUGCUGCUCCUCUCAAACCGGUCGAGACCAUCGAGCUGUCGUUCUUCUCCAGCAGCGUAGGGUGCCUGCACAUCAAUUGUUGGGACAAGGAGGAGAGAGACGAGCAGCGACCCCGAUUGGCACUGCAACUGUUCGUUGUCGCCCAGCAGGCUGGUCCACAACCACUGCCCACACCUGGGACAUCGAAUGCGGAUAUAAAGACGCUCGUACACUCACUUGACGCAGUGUUACCCAACCUUGACCUCAGCCGUCUUACCGAGCUUCGGUGGAUACGUACCUUGCGCAGCUUCCCACUUCCCAUGUCCCCGCUAAGCAUCGCAGCCUGCGCUGAAAUUCUGAACAAGUUCCAGACAGUGGAGAAACUACGUUUUGACGGCUUCAUCGGCCAUCGCGAAAAGCUAGGAGCAUUAGCAUCAAGCGCCGUCCUUCCUCGUCUGACGAGCAUCCACUUCAUUGGAGUACGCCCUAUGAAGGACACAGUGACACUUGGGCAUCUCCAGCCACAGGUUGACCUCUCGCAGGAGCUCCAAAGCGUUGCCACCGCGCUUCGUCUUGUGGCGCAGGCCCACAAUCUUCAGACUCUGGUGUUUCGACGAUGCCAAAUCAGCAACGAACAUGCCUCCAUGUUUGAAGGUAUCGCCCCUAACAUUCUCAUAGGAUGAUGGGGAAGCUACUUCGAUUGCGAGGCCACAAUGUUCUGUCAACGCGUCCAAGAGUGGUCGACAGUGGUCCUUGUUUUAUUGAUUAGUUCCGCACGUGUUUGGUAACUCGAUUUAUGGCACGUCUGGAAAAGCAGGAGAGGAAUAACGAGGAUAUGGAUGCAGCGAAUAGGUGUCGACCAGCGAGUGCCCCGAUUUAUGUUGUGCGGUGUCUAUCACCUGAUAGUAUUUAGUUGUAUUGGCAGU